AUGACUGCCAAAAUCUUUCUCACAGGGGCCACCGGCUACAUUGGAGGUGAUGCUCUGUACCAAUUAUACAAGAAAUAUCCCGACUUCGAAUACGCCCUCCUAAUCCGUUCGGAUGACAAGGCAAAGAAGGUCCUUGAGAAGUAUCCUACAGCCCGGAUUGUUCUCGGCGGCCUCGAUGACUCCGAGACCCUCGAGCGCGAAGCUUCGUGGGCAGAUAUAGUCAUCCACACCGCCGACUCAUCAGACCACGCGGGCGCCGCAAAUGCUAUCUCCAAGGGUCUUGUACAAGGGCACUCGCCUUCCCGUCCAGGAUUCUGGUUGCACACUGGCGGUACUGGAAUCCUGACCUACUUCGAUUCCGAGGUGAAGAAGGUGUUUGGAGAGUUGGACGACAAGGUCUUCAACGAUUACGAGGGCAUUGAAGAGGUCGUCAACUUGCCGGCCGCCGCCUUCCAUCGCAACGUGGACGAGAUCGUCCUCAACACCGGUAGAAAUCACGCCGACUCGGUCAAGACGGCGAUUGUCUGCCCGCCAACGAUCUACGGUGAGGGACGCGGGCCCAUCUCUGGCCGCGGGCGACAAGUCUACGAGCUCGCAUUCUUCAUCCUGAAGCAGAAGUAUUCUCCUCGCAUCGGCAAGGGCCUCUCUCGGUGGAACAAUGUCCACGUCCACGACCUCAGCAAGGUCUUCGAGCUUCUUGUGGGCGUUGCCCUGGACCCGUCCCGGAAAGACGACACCGAGGUGUGGGGGGCCCAUGGCUACUUCUUUACCGAGAACGGGGAGCAUGUAUGGGGCGAUUUGUCUAAGACCAUUGGCCAGGAAGCCCACAAGCAAGGCUUCAUCAAGGAUGCUGCUCCCGAGGUUCGAGAGUUGUCUUACGACGAGGCCGUCAAAUCGCCCGCAGGGUUUGAAGCGGCUAGCUGGGGUAUGAACUCGCGUGGUGCGGCUGUACGAGCAAGGAAGGUACUUGGCUGGAAGCCGCAGGAGAAGAGCAUUGAGGACGAGGUUCCGACCAUUGUCCGAUCUGAAGCAGCAAGGGCUGGGCUUAGAUGA